CUCGUGCAUGGCACUGGUGUCACAGAGGAGGAGUCAGAUGCGCUGCUAUUGCGCACACUCGUCACCGUUGAGUCCAACAGUUACGUGCAUAUCUUUACCUCUAAGAGCACAGCGUGCUUUACCGACCACAAAAGACUUAUGUAACUUCUGUACUACAGCUCCGGAUUAAACGCUUGGAUUUCCAGCGAGAGUCCUGAAUGCAUCGCGAUUUUUCACGAGUGCUGCAGAAUUCCUAACAGGUGUUGGGGCAAGCUGCCCAGAGAGCGAACAUGUCCAAUGGGAAAGACGCAAAUGCUGCAGAAAACUCCCCACAGGCGACCCUGAAAGAGUGUCUGGAUGAGUGCAUGGAGGCUCUGGAUCUCUUCCUUAACAACCACUUCAACGAGAGCCUGGAGAGGCUCCGGCCAAGAGUCAAUGAGAGCAUGUACCAUGCUCUUAUCUACGCCACAGUGCUGGAAAUGCAGGCCAUGAUGACUUUCCAGCAUGAUGACAUCAGCAAUGCAGGAAACACCAUGAAGAGUGCCCAGGAGGUCUGUCAGAGAUUUCGGGGAAAAUUCACAGGUUCAAGCAACAAGUCAGUAAAGAAAUCACUGGCUGAAGUGCAGCUCCAUGCGGAGGUGUGUUAUGCAGAGUGCCAACUCCAAAGAGCUGCUCUCACCUUCCUACAGGAUGAGAGCAUGGUAAGCUUCAUCAAAGGAGGGAUCAAAGUACGAAACAGUUACCUGAUUUACAAAGAACUGCAUGCCUUCAUAAAAUCCCACAGCUUUCUAAAAGGACCCAGCCACAAUCAUUUAGAGGGAGGAAUAGCCUUUGGAAUAGGGGCCUUCAAUCUGACGCUUUCUCUUUUUCCUCCACGGAUACUGAAAGUUUUAGAGUUCGCUGGCUUCUCUGGAGACAAGGACUACGGUGUGUCGCUGCUGUACAAUGGUGCCACAGGAAUGAGUCUGCGUUCCAUGCUGUGUGCUCUACUGCUGCUCUGCUACUACACGUUUCUUAUGUUCAUACUAGGUAGGACGGGUGAGGGAGAGGUGGCUGAAGCCGAGAAGCUGCUAAAACCAUUCCAGCUCCGCUACCCAAGUGGAGCAAUAUUCCUCUUUUUUGCAGGCAGGAUUGAGGAAAUCAAAGGAAACAUCGAUCAGGCCGUGGCUCUCUUUGAAGAUGGCUGUAAGGCCCAACAGACCUGGAAGCAGUUUCACCACAUGUGCUACUGGGAGCUGAUGUGGUGCUUCACUUAUAAACAAGCGUGGAAGAUGGCUUACUUCUAUGCAGACCUACUGAGCCAGGAGAGCCGCUGGUCCAAGGCCAUGUAUGUGUAUAUGAAAGCUGCGUACCUCAGCAUGCUGCCUAAGGAUGAGGCCAGGCCUUUUGGGGAGGAUGAGGUGGAGCUCUUUAGACAAGUACCAACCUUCAAGCAGAAGAUAGCAGGGAAAUCCCCCCCGACUGAGAAGUUUGCUAUCCGUAAAGCCAGGCGUUACAAGUCUUCUUCUCCAGUGAGGCUACCAGUACCAGUGCUGGUAAAGCUUCACACUAAUAAACAUCUAAAUAUGAUCAACAAACGGCCAGAGCUGACUGAAGGCAUGAUGCAGACAUUGGUGGAGGCCGAGCGCACACUCCUGGAGUCUCCUGAAAACGAGUAUUCAGUGGAUGACCGCUGUUUGAUCCACCUACUUAAAGGGCUGUGUUUGAAGAAUCAGGGGCUUUUACAGGCUGCUGAGGAAUGCUUCAACAAAGUGUGCUCCAGUGAAAAGAAGAUCAAGUUUGACCACUACCUUGUGCCUAACUCUCUAGUGGAGCUUAGUCUGCUCUACAUAGACCAAGGCAGAAGGGAUGAAGCUAUUAAAAUUCUUCGCAAAGCAAAGCAAAACUACAAAGAUUAUUCGAUGGAGUCUCGCACACAGUUCAGAGUACACGCUGCUCUUGCCAAACUCAAAGCUGACCCCUGUGACGAAGAGGACACUCAUCUUUAAGAGGAUUUUAUCCCUCUGUGACUGCAAUGGAUCAUUACAGUAGACUCGUACAGCUGUGGCUUUUUUUUAAGCUGUAACAGCUGAAUACAGGGUAUUUCAUGUGUGUGCAGGUUAUAGAUGGAUCUCACUGGACUCUUUCCUCAUAACCUGAGGAAAAAGAAAAGCUGUUGGACAUUGCGAGUCAAGGAACCAUGAAAGUGUCUGUCUUCCACAAAUUAACAAAGACUUAAGUGUAUACAGUAUAUAGAUUUUAUUUUGUUCAGGUAUAAUAAAUCACUUGAUUUUAAAGUAAUUAUGUAUUUAAUGAUUUACUACUGAAAAGCUCUACAUCAUUACUACACAAUUAUACAUUUUGUGGUACUUCACGUUUAGUUGUGCGAACAUAAGACAGUAAUCAGUGUGGAUUAUGCAUUGUCUGUAUUUGUCCUGUGUUGCAGUGUAAAUGUGAACAUGCAUGCAAUGUUCGAAUGCAUAAAAAAUAUAUUCAUUAAAAAUGUUUCCAUUU